UGGGAAGAAUCUCUCUUACAUCGGUGGUCAGUGGGAAGAAUGCCCCUUACAUCGGUGGUCAGUGGGAAGAAUCUCCCUUACAUCGGUGAUCAGUUGGAAGAAUGCCCCUUACAUCGCUGCUCAGUGGGAAGAAUGCCCCUUAUAUCGGUGGUCAGUGGGAAGAAUCUCCCUUACAUCGGUGGUCAGUGGGAAGAAUGCCCCUUACAUCGCUGCUCAGUGGGAAGAAUGCCCCUUACAUUGGUGAUCAGUGGGAAGAAUGUCUCUUACAUUGGUGAUCAGUGGGAAGAAUGUCCCUUACAUUGGUGAUCAGUGGGAAGAAUGCUCCCUUACAUUGGUGAUCAGUGGGAAGAAUGCCCCUUACAUUGGUGAUCAGUGGGAAGAAUGUCUCUUACAUUGGUGAUCAGUGGGAAGAAUGUCCCUUACAUUGGUGAUCAGUGGGAAGAAUGCUCCUUACAUUGGUGAUCAGUGGGAAGAAUGUCUCUUACAUUAGUGAUCAGUGGGAAGAAUGUCUUCUUACAUUGGUGAUCAGUGGGAAGAAUGCCCCUUACAUUAGUGAUCAGUGGGAGGAAUGCCCCUUACAUUAGUGAUCAGUGGGAGGAAUGCCCCUUACAUUGGUGAUCAGUGGG